AUGUCUGCAGAAGGUGAAGAAGAACUUUUGGAUUACUCCGACUCGGAAGAAAUCUCCGUGGCCCCAUCUGCCGCACAGGCUGCCGAUUCCAACGGCAAGGAUGAGGCCCAGAAGAAGGGUUCAUACGUUGGAAUCCACACCACUGGUUUCAGAGAUUUCUUGUUGAAGCCAGAGCUUUUGAGAGCCAUUGCCGACUGUGGUUUUGAGCAUCCCUCAGAAGGUUAG